GUUGAACUAAAGCCGCCGCCCCCUUUCCCCUCUGUCUCCACUGUUUCCUUCUUUUUGGAUAGACUGUGACAGCUGCAAAUGUGUACUUCAUCUCGGUGAAGCAAGGACAAAAACCGAAGGCAUGCCGCUGGCUCGCAGCCUGUCCGUCACGUCCCUAUCAGGACUGGAGGACUGGGACGAGGAGUUUGAUUUGGAGGAUGCUGUUCUCUUUGAGAUAGCUUGGGAGGUCGCUAACAAAGUCGGAGGCAUCUACACCGUCAUCCAGACCAAAGCCCGUCUGACCUCCGAGGAAUGGGGGGAGAACUAUUUCCUGGUGGGUCCCUAUGUGGAGAGCAAUGUACGGACACAAGUGGAGCUGAUUGAGCCCACAAACCCGGCGCUAAAGAGAACCAUUGACAAGAUGAACUCCAGUGGGUGUAAGGUUUACUUUGGCCGAUGGCUCAUCGAGGGGAGUCCGUACGUCAUUCUGAUCGACGUUGGCUUCACUGCCUGGUCUCUGGACCAAUGGAAGAGCGAGCUCUGGGAGCUCUGUGACAUAGGGGUGCCGUGGUUCGACAGGGAGGCCAAUGACGCCGUGCUGUUUGGUUUCCUGACGGCCUGGCUUCUGGGAGAGUACGCAGCUCAGAGUGAGGAGCCUCCACACAUCGUCGCUCAUUUCCACGAGUGGCUGGCCGGUCUGGGCCUGGUUUUAUGUCGACAGAGACAAAUCCCUGUAGCGACCAUCUUCACCACUCAUGCCACACUGCUGGGACGAUACCUGUGUGCUGGAAAUGUGGACUUCUACAACAAGCUGGCAGACUUCAACGUGGACAAAGAAGCAGGCGACAGACAGAUUUACCAUCGGUACUGUUUGGAACGGGCGGCGGCUCACUGCACCCAUGUCUUCACCACCGUGUCACAGAUCACAGCCAUUGAGGCAGAGCACCUGCUCAAGAGGAAACCAGACAUCGUCACUCCAAACGGGCUCAACGUGAAGAAGUUCUCCGCUGUCCACGAGUUUCAGAACCUCCACGCUCAGAGCAAGAACCGGAUACAGGAGUUUGUUAGAGGACACUUCUACGGACACCUGGACUUUAACCUGGACAAAUGUCUGUUCCUCUUCAUCGCUGGACGGUAUGAGUUCUCAAACAAAGGAGCCGACAUCUUCCUGGAAGCUUUAGCCAGACUCAACUAUCUACUCCGAGUCAAUCACAGCGAUGUGACGGUCAUUGCGUUCUUCAUCAUGCCCGCUCGGACCAACAACUUCAACGUGGAGACUCUGAAGGGACAGGCGGUCAGGAAACAGCUCUGGGAUACUGCUCAGACCGUGAAGGAACGCUUUGGAAAGAAACUUUAUGAGUCACUUCUAGUCGGGCAGCUUCCAGAUGUGUCAAAGAUUAUGGACAAAGAGGACUUCACCCUGAUGAAGCGAGCCAUCUUUGCGACCCAGAGACAGUGUCAGCCUCCCAUCUGCACCCACAACAUGCUGGAGGACAGCAGCGACCCCAUCCUCAACUGCGUCCGCCGCAUCGGCCUGUUCAACAGCUCGGCUGACCGCGUCAAGAUUAUCUUCCAUCCAGAGUUCCUCUCUUCCACCUCUCCUCUACUUCCCAUGGAUUAUGAGGAGUUUGUUCGAGGCUGCCACCUCGGUGUCUUCCCUUCUUACUAUGAGCCAUGGGGCUACACACCAGCUGAGUGUACGGUCAUGGGUAUCCCAUCAAUCUCGACCAACCUGUCAGGUUUCGGCUGUUUCAUGGAGGAGCACAUCGCAGAUCCAUCGGCAUAUGGUAUUUACAUCCUGGAUCGGCGGUUCAGAGGGGUGGACGAGUCAUGUAACCAGCUCACCUCCUUCCUGUUCCAGUUCUGUAAGCAGAGCCGACGUCAGCGGAUCAUCCAGAGGAACCGGACCGAACGUCUGAGUGAUCUGCUGGACUGGAGAUACCUCGGCAGGUAUUAUGUGUCAGCCCGUCACAUGGCCCUGGCUAAAGCUUUCCCUGACACCUACGUGUAUGAACUCCAUGAGCCCACCUCAACUUCUGGUUUCCGAUACCCCCGGCCGGCCUCAGUACCCCCGUCUCCAGCUCUCUCCCGCCACUCGUCCCCCCAUCACAGCGAGGCCGAGGACAACGAUGAAGAUGAACGCUACGAUGAAGAUCUGGAGGCAGAAAAGGACCGCAAGAACAUCCGUCAGCCUUACGGUCUACCGUUCAAAAACAAGUCUACUGCUGCUGCUGCUGCUGCUCACUCCGCCAAUGGGAACAGCGACGACAGCGAGAAGAACUGAAACGCACAUGCACCCACACACAUACCAUAAAUGCUAAACCUCAGUAGUGAAUCCGACUCCUUGGCAAUCGUUUAGAUCACAAAGUCUCUACAAUGAGUGCAGUCGUGUGAGUGAGAGUGAUUAUUACAGCUUGCUGUGAGAAACUGCAUCACUGUCAGUGUCUUCCCAACCUGCGUGUACCUCAAGUUUUUAAAAAACAUCACUCAGUUUGAUAUUUUUGGUAUUUUUUCAGUUUCACCAGCAGUGCAAACAGUGGGUUUUACUUUGUGGAGUGGAAGCAGCAGCUAGGGCGAGAGAAACAGCAGAAAACAAUCAGGGCGGCUAGAUUUAGUAGCUAACUAACACUGGAUUACAAAGCAGGUCUAAAGCAAUGAAAGAGUGACAAAUACAUGUUUGAGGAGGGUUUAUAUACUUGAGUCAAGGUUGGACAGAGCAGGGAAAGCAGCAUAGCCCUCCUUUUUACCAACAUGCCAGCAUUACACAUUUAAAACAGGAUAAAUCUUGAAGAAUAGUUUAAAAAGUUUCAUCUUUAGACGGCGUUAGUCGCUGUUCAUACCCACAAAGAGCACAUGAGGGGUGUACCACAAAUCGAGCUUAACAUACGCCAGCUUUCUUUGAGGGAAGCUCAGACCAAAGAUUCACAACAUGACGGAUUAAAACUUGUCCUUCUUUGCUGAUCUGCCAGCAAACCUCAGCUUCUUUUGUCCUUAAAUUAUCAGCAGAUGUUAACCAGCAUUAUCAACCCUACCACCUUCAUACUACUCCCUAAAAAGAACCAUGCUACAGUAAACUUUUUACCCUAUUGGCUUAAUUUCUAAGCAUGCAUCUGCAACUCUGUGAAAAAGCUCUGCAAGACACUCCUGGGCCCCGACCCACCAUUGAACCAGAGACCACAGAGCCGAAUGAAAGGAAAACUGCAGAAAUGCAGUAGUAUCCAGAACUUUUAGGCAUGUUUAAAGGCUAGAUGAGUCCUGUAAUGGUGAUAAAGCCUGCCUGAGGGCACAAAGAUGUGUGCUGGAUGUUCUCAGACAUUGCCAGCAAUAUUAGAAAAUAAUCUGUUAGAAAAAUAACAAAGACUGCAGCUUUAGGGCAGAGUAAGUUGUGGAUAUAGGGAGUAAGCACAGCCUAGUGUACUGUCAGGGUGGGUAGUCACAGAAGCCACAAGCCUCUGGUCCUGGAAGUCCCAGGGGCCUGAAAGCUGGGCCUACUACCAGGGGUGAAAAGGUCAGAACAAAGGAAAUGCCGUUAAGCUUGACCUUGGCUGCCAAGUGACACUUAAGUGUCAACAUGUGUCGAGCUUGACUCUGCCUCCUGCUUUCCUAGCCUAGGUUGUGGCACAUCCGGCCCUGUGAUGAAUCCUGUGUAAAAAAAAAAAAAAAAAAAAAUCUAAACAAUAACAGACGAUGAUGUAGAGGGCAGUGGAGAAUCACCAAAGGGACUUCCUGCUACUCCAAAUCCCACAUCUCUGAUGAAUAUGAGCUCAGAACCAACUGUAGUAAACAAGACCAAGAGGAGCUUGGGUCCUGGUUAUGUCCAGCCUAGAGGCACCAAGACAAAAGACUAAAAGGUGUAACCGCAACCAUAACCUGGUAUAGACUGGUUAGCUUGUGAAUCCUGAUUUUAGGCUCAGUAGACCCGGAUCACCUUCAGAUAUUACUCUGUGGUACACCCCUUUGAUUUCACUCUAAAACCUCUUUUUUAGUUCAGUCUUGUAGCACUUUCCUCUUUUUUGUCUCUGAAAUGCCUUCUUUACCACAAAAAAGGAAAUCAAAGUCAAAUGCAUGAACAGAACCAGAAAACAUCAGUAACCAUGAGCUUCUCUCCCCCAUAAAAUUUUGUGUUAAAGAUAUUUCUCUGCACCGACACAGCCUUCAGCAUCACUCCUGAUGGAUAACCAAACACUCCUGUUUGUCUGAGUGCCUGUGUGGAGAUGCUUAUGUCUCGGUUUCCCUGCUUCUGAAAGUAUUUAUUUGGGAAAAGAGGAGGUGAGGUGUUUGAGGAUGAAGAAGAGGAGGUAGAGAACGUCUCGAUUAUUUGUUCUUGAAGGAAAGUGGUCUGACCAGGCAUUGACUUACACUCCCAGUAAAAGAUUGUUUCAAUCUUGCACCGAAUGAACUUAUAAUAAAGUUUAGUGUUUUCAAAAUGA